GAUUGCGGCGGUGAGUGUGUCAAUGUGUGUGGGGUCUGUUGAAAAGCAAAAUGUUGGAUGACGAGAGAGGCGACGUGUCAUGUGCCCCAUCGUUGUUUGGAUAAUGACGCAAUUCUUCUUUUUCUGAAUUUAGUUGAGUAACCCACGAGGUGAUGCCUUCAUUAGAGAAGAUACCUCAACGAAAAAGAGGAUGGUUGAAAAUUAGCUCUCCAUCUGGAUAUAACACAAAAGGUAUUCAUUUGUGAUGAAGUUUUUCACCCUGAACUCUAUUUGAUGUUUUUAUAAAGUGCGUUGGUUUCAAAUCUGUUACAAAGAAAAACAAAACUAAAAACAUAAAAUUAUUAACUAAACUUUCAAAAUGAAUCGUGAAAGACGAAACAGAACUGAAAACUUCCAUAGAACUGAAGCUAUGUCCAGUCUUAUCAAUCAAAUAAUGUUCUUCAUGCUCUGUGACCGGUGGUUCUGCCCACAAGAGAAACUGACUGGACUGUAUGCUCUAUUAUUUUAUAACGUGAUUUGCUAUCUCCUCCUAUACACUCAGAGACUUGUCUACCUUCAAGACAUAACACCCAUCGUUUUUGUCUCAGAGCAUUCCAACAUCCGCCAUUUGGCGAUGACUGCUACAAAAGUCAUGCUGGAAUUCACAAGGGCAGUCACAUUCGUAAUAACUGGUGUCUUUAUGUUGCUGGUAUUUGGUCUGGAGCAAGGACUGGAACACUUCAACCCAACUUGGUACUACAUCGGAAUAACUGCCCUCUACUUCACUCUGACAGAAAGGACUUGCCAGGAGCAAAUACCCUCUUUGCUAACUUACCUCAAGUGUGAAAAAUUUGACAGCUUGGAGAGCCUGUGGACACCAGUGCUAGUCAGAGUCUUUUCCAGUGUGGCCUCUGGUUUCAUGAUCCUCUUGGUGUUUGUCUGCUCUCACGAAGAUUGGAUACUUUUAACAGCAGCCAGUUUCAUCAAUGUAUACAUGUGUGCAAAAGAUCUAGAUCAACAUUGGCAAGUUCUAAUGAAAGAGAGGUCUAGUAUUGAUAAAUACCGAUAUGCAAGUAGGCAAGAGCUCACCGAUAAUGAUGAUGUCUGCGCUGUGUGUUUACAGGACAUGUCGUGUGCAAGGGUUACUCCUUGUCAUCACAUGUUUCAUGGUGAUUGCCUAAGACGUUGCCUCAGGGAACGACCCUUAUGCCCCAUGUGCAAAUAUGUUCUUGAAUAAUACAUGAGCGAAUCAUGCAAGAACUAAAAUUUAGUUCUUUUGUUUCAAACCAAAUUUAAAAUUUGGUUUGAUACAAAUUAUGUGUUUAUUUUUUCAUACUUUUGUACAACUUAAGCAUUCUCACUGUCAGUUGAACUGUAAUGAUCAUUGUCAGGCAAUCAUUUUAAAUAGUUUAUACAGGGUUCUCACUCGAUUUCAGAAAAAAAAUUCCCUUACUUUCCCAAGUAAUUUUUAAUCAAGCAUAUUUUAUCUAUAAUAUGCAAUUUCCCUCCAGAAAACUUUAAUUUUUUUUUAUUUAUGUCAAAUAUCAGAUUUUAUGAGCAAAAACAUAUAAUAGAAUUAUUGUAUGUUUAUAGAAUAUUAUGUUCUGUAAUAUAUUAUAGAUGUGAAUAGAAUUAUUUAAAUCUAGUCUUAAUAACUGAUUACUGUUAUUCACAAUUCUGGUUAUUUUCCUGGUAAGAUAUAGGAAUUUUCCAGGUUUUUCAUUAAAAAAAAAAUUACCGUCCAGGUUUUUUGUAAAAAAAUUACAACUUUCCUUGAUUAUUUCAUGCUUUUUUAGAGUUAAAAUAAAAUUCCCUGACAAUUCCAGGUUUUCCCUGUUUGCCCUGCCCCGUGGGAGCCCUAUUUAUAUGUUAAUGCAAUCAUUUUAAUAAUAUAAAGUUUGGAAUAUAUUAUGAACUUUCCGCUUUUUGGAAAUAAAACUUUAGAAACAAAUGCAUUGUUGGUUACCUUCAAAAUUCUUAUCAAGCAAUUCUUUCAAUUGCUAAUUAUAUUCAUACUAUUUGAAAUAUAUGAUAUCACUAAUAGUUUUUUAUUGUAAAUUAUAGAACAAAAAUUCAAUUUUUGCUUAUAAAUAUCAUUUAUUGUUAUGCUAUUUGUAAAAGUUUUUUUUAAUAAAUUUACUAUGUAA